AUUAGGACCACAAACACUAUAAAAGAAAAAUUGCUCAAUAGCAACUAAUUUUUCAGUAGCAAUUAAGUACAUUCAACCGGUCGCUAACAGUUUAGUGACCAAAUUAGCCUCUGAUUUUUUCAGAUCGAUCGCUAAAUCGGUCACUAUAUAGUGAGUUUCAACACUACCACCACAAAACCCACUUCAAAAUCUAUUUUUUCCCCCUCACAUUGACUUCUAACACCAUGUCUCGUGAUGGUGACAGCAAGUUACCCUUCAUCACACCAGAUGAAGUCAUAGACUAUCUGAAUGAGUACACAUUGGAAGGAAGAUGGGAAAAUGUUAUAGAAAUGUACUAUAAAUUUCCAGAGUCCCACCUUUCUGUGGUCUCAGAAUCUGAGGGCACUGCACUUCAUGUGGCCAUUGAUUUGGAUGAAGAAGAGGUUGUGCGAGAGCUUGUGAAUGCAAUCGUGACACAUGCGGUGGAAAGUGUAGCAGAAGAAGGAACCAUGGAAACAUCACCAGAACAAGCAACAAGUGCAAUUAGGAUCAAGGCUUUGGAAAUGAAGAAUGAGAGAGGAGACACACCACUUCACCUUGCAGCUGCAAGGGGUUUUGCAAGAAUAUGCAAAUACAUCAUUGGAAGACACAAUGAGAGGUUUUAUUUGGUGAGUAGAAAGAAUGAUCUUGGGGAGACACCUUUGUACCAAGCUGCUAUCAAUUGGAGGAAGCAAGCUUUUGCUUACCUUUGUCACAUUUCUAGAGAGAGUGUCACUUUGCAUGAUCUUGUAAGGGAUGAUGGAGAUAGCAUUCUUCAUGCUGCUAUCAGGAGAGAAUAUUUUGAUUUGGCUGUGAUAAUAGUUCACUAUUAUGAUUUUCUGAGCACACAUUUGAAUAGCGAGGAAUCAACUCCUCUCAAAGUCCUUGCCACUAGGCCCUCAGCCUUCAAAAGUGCAAGCAACCUUUCCUGGUGGAAGCGAAUCCUGUACCAUUGUAUACUUGUGGAACCACUGGAUGCAGAAAAAGCAAUGAAGAGGAGUUUGAGGAAGAUGGAGCUGUCAGGUUCUGAUAAAAUGAAUUUCCCAAAGAACUACACCACAUUAUUUGACCUAUUUUCUGCAUUCUUAAAGUUUGCCAUUCCACAAGGCAAAAUUGUCCAGGGGAAUAAUCAUCAUGACACAGAAAACCCAUCAAACAAUAAACAGACCAAUAACAAUAGAAACGAAGCUCACUAUCCGUUUAUAUCAAAAGAAUAUCCGGUUGGAUUUUUGCCACGAAAUUAUGAAACAUUUCAUCAAUUUGUCAAGUCUGCAUAUGUGCACAUUCUUGGUCUUUCAGGAGUUGAGUUAAAGGAUGUGAAGAUAGAAAAGAAGAAGCACCAAUGGAGUAGUCAGCUUUUGAAGGCACUCAUGAAAAGAGCUUUUGCAGCAUUCACGGGUAGCGGGGGUCGACCAACGGAUAAGAUUAUUGAUACAGAUAUGUUCAGUGUUUAUCGCCAAUGGAAGCAAGGUGAAAGUAGCAGAAUGGAGUGGUUGAAAGAAGAAAAUGAACCAGAGGCCAAUAUGAAAAAGGAAAUUUCAACAACUCGAAGUGAGACAAUCAAGGAUACCAAUCCUAGAGAAUGUGAUGAAAGGGAAGUUGACAAAAAGGAGACAGCAUUGUUGGUAGCUGCAAGAAAUGGCAUAGUUGAAAUAGUGACCGAAAUUGUAUCUCGAGUACCAAGUGCCAUCCACAACACAAACAAAAAGAAGCAAAACGUGUUGCUAGUUGCAGUGAAGAAUAGGCAACCCCUUGUUGUUGAGACACUGAGAAAGCUGUCAAAACCAGAACUCUGGAAUAACUUCAUUCUGGCUGUGGAUGAACAUGAGAAUACCAUGCUGCACUUGGCUGCCGAGGCACUAGGCGGCGAUAACCCUUGGCAGAUUGCUGGUUCUGCCUUACAAAUGAUGUGGGAUAUUAAGUGGUUUCAGUAUAUCAAAAGCCUUGUACCUCAGCAUUUCUACUUCAGAAGCAACCAGUCUGGCAAUACUGCAGGAGAGGUCUUCACAAGAACACAUGUAGAUCUCAUAAGAGAGAGUGCUGAGUGGCUCAAGGACACAUCAGAAUCAUGUUCUGUUGUGGCUGGCCUUGUUGCUGGUGUUUCCUUUGCUACAGCAAGUGCUGUCCCUGGCGGCACCGAUGAAGAAGGUAAACCUCACCUGGAAGGAAAGCCUGCAUUCGACGUAUUUGCCAUUGCUUCACUGGUUGGACUCUGCUUCUCUGUCACAGGACUCAUCAUGUUCCUUUCUAUUCUCACCUCUCGAAAACAAGCCAAGGAUUUUCGAAGUGACUUGCCACUGAAGCUUCUUCUUGGUUUAAGCUCUCUGUUUGUGUCCAUUGCUUCUAUGUUUAUUUCCUUCUGCACUGGUCACUUUUUUCUGCUCAAUCACAAGUACAAGUCCAUCAUGUUUCCAAUUUAUGGAGCCACUAGUAUUCCUGUGACUUUCUAUGCUAUCUCACAGUUUCCACUGUACUUUGAUCUUCUAACUGGGAUUUUAAUCAAGGUGCCAAAUGCCAGUGACAAAGGUGAGGGAAUAUAGGAGCUUCUACAUUGUCACUGAUGGAACAGUACUUAAAUCAGUAUGGCGUUGGAUUCAUGUGAAGAUUUUGAUUUGUUGCUUUUUUCCUUGUGUUUGUGUUUAAGGAGAGACAUUUCUGUAUAUUCUUUGUUGAAAUUUUCAUUUCAAUUUGAAGUUUGAGAGUGCUGGAAAUAAACUAGACCCAACAAAGAAACG